AUACUGAUGAUGUAUAGUGAAAUAUGUCAUUACUGACACUACUUGGAAUUUUAUUUGUUGCAGAAAUAUCUGAUUUGCAAGAAUCUAGAAAACGAAAUCCAAGAAUUGUAGGAGGUACUAAGGUGGAAUCUAGAUUGUUAUAUCCAUUUCAGGUAUCUGUGAGAUACAGAACAGAACAUGUUUGCGGUGGUACUAUAAUCCAUCCUCGGUUCAUAUUAACAGCUGCUCAUUGUGCCUACAAUCAGGAAAAAGUAUUGAAUAUUCAAGAGUUCACGAUAAUUGUUGGUGACUUGUCUGUUUACGAAUGGAGUAAUUCAACUAUCUACAGGGACGUCUGGAAAAGACACCAACAUCCUAGAUAUUUCUCGACUUUGAUACAGAAUGAUAUCGCAUUAUUAGAGCUUUCAAAACCACUUGAAGAGAGCCCCUUUGUCAAAUCUAUUAGCAUUUCAGAAUCUAUGCCACCUUAUGGAACAAUAUGCAAAAUAUCUGGAUGGGGGCUUACAAAUGAAAAGAAAGAAACACCACUUGUCGCCACCCCAUAUUUAAUGGAAAUUCAAGUUUCAAUAUUGCCUUCAGAGGAUUGUUAUCGAUUUUUUUCUUGGUUUUCCUACGAUAAUUCCAAGAUAUGUGGUUAUAGCGCGCAGGGAUGUCCGAAAUUGGGUGACUCCGGAGGACCACUCAUAUGCAACGGUCAAUUAUUUGGAGUCAUUUCAUUUGGAAAAAAGCACCAUUGUGUGCAAUCUGCAAACUGUUUCACCUCAACCAAGUAUCAUUAUAACUGGAUCCAAUACAUAAUUUCAAGAUCCGAAAAUAACAGAAGAUACGGCAACAUUUUCACAUUUGGUUUCAGUGAUAUUCUUGGUGUCUUUUUCAAAUCAAUGAGGAGGAUUUUGGCAUAAUGAUCCCAGUGUUACAUCUAUAUGAGAAACGAGAAAUAUUAAAACGAAAAGAAGGUAUAGAAAUAUUGUUUUUUAAUUUCACUAUUACAUCCAUACAAUUCAAUACAAUUAAUAGAGAGGAUACACAUUAUGAAUUUCGAGAGAAUUCUUGAAAGAAUAAAGAUUUAAUAAUAGUGAUAAAUAUAGUACAAAUUUUAAUUGGGAUUACGCAAAUUCCUCUAGAUACAUCAUCUAAAAAUAAUUAAUGUUCAUUAAAAAUUUUUUCAGACAAAUAUUCGUGACAAAUAGAAUCAAUGUCGUGCGACAAAUAUAGAGUUAUUCUAAACAUCUUAUAUUAAUUCAGAAAUUCAGACUACCUUUGAGAGAAUUUUCAAAAGAAGCAAACAAUACUGAGUUGUCAUUUUAGCUUGAUUUUAAUACGGAAAACAACUGUUUUCCGUCAAAAAAGUAUUUUACAGUAAGAAACAUGAGAAACAUGAAGAAAUACAAUGAAUAUUUGAGACCCUUCAAUCGACAAAUUUGGACAUUUCGAAGUAUCAUUUAUUCAAUAAUAACAAUCGUUAUUAACUACUAUUAACUGGUCUAUGCGAGGACCCGGCGUCUAUGCCCAGAAAUGGACAGCACGUUCACCGUCAAAAUUUUACACCAAAAAAAACAUGACAAAUGUAGUAAUAUAAUGAAUGUCUUAAGUUAUAAUAUCAAGAUUUUUCCUUGACAUCAUGAGCAGGAAUAUUAUAAUUUCGAAAUCUGAUUCAUAGGAUAAUAAUAAUAAAAGUCGUUAUCAACUACUAUAUACAAGUAAUGAGGCAACAUUUAAUACAAGCUAUUUUUAUGUACCACCUCAUACUACCCCUAUCUUUUUGUUAUGGCUUCUGAGAGGAUUCUCAGAAAAGUAAAUUAUUAAUUUAGGCUAAAAUCAACCAAAUGUCAAUAUAAUACACAAAUGAAAAAUUAUUCACACAAUAAUAAUGAAAGUCCUUAUCAACUACUAUACAAUGAGGCAACAUUUAGCGACAAGCUACUUUUUAUGUAACACCUCAUACGGAACCAGCGUUUGUGGACAAGCCCUUCUGAGAGUAUUCUCAGAAAAAUAAAAACACAAUAGGUAUCUUCCGAUUACAGGAAUAAAUUUCGUCUAAAAUAAAUCAAAUACCAUUAUAAUGUAUAAACCUACUUGU